UGCAAGCAUUAAUAGAGUAAAUUGUCAAGGUUGAGGUCAGCUUUCAUCAUCUGACUUUCACACGGGAAAGGUUUGACACAUGAAACUAAAUAUGUCUCAAAUUUUGUGUUCCCUAGUGGACAGAAAGGCACCAGGAAGGGAUGUUGUGUUCUUGUUGGAUGGAUCUGAUAGUACUAGAACUGGAUUCCCAGCUAUGCGAGACUUUGUCCAAAGAGUAGUAGAGACACUCAGUGUGGAUGACAACAAGGACCGUGUCUCAGUGGUUCAGUACAGCAGAGAUCCAGCUGUCCAGUUCUAUCUGAACACGUACAGCACAAAGGGCGAGGUCCUUGACACUGUUAAAGGUUUGAGGCACAAAGGCGGAAGACCCCUCAACACUGGAGCAGCUCUCCAGUUCGUGAGGGAUAAUGUCUUCACGGCCUCUGCCGGAAGCAGGCGCCUGGAAGGAGUCCCACAGGUGCUGAUAUUGUUAAGUGGUGGAAGGUCUUUUGACAGUGUUGAUGAACCAGCUUCUGCUCUCAAACAGCUGGGAGUCUUGACCUUUGCAAUCGGAACCAGGAGCUCUGAUAGCAAAGAACUGCAGAAGAUAUCCUACGACCCCAGUUAUGCUCUAUCUGUGUCUGAAUUCACUGACCUUCCCAGUGUCCAACAACAACUUCAGUCUUCCGUGGAAGCUGUGGUUGUUGACGUCACCCCAGAGUCACCAACUGUACCUGUUGACACUGCCAAAAAGGAUAUCGUAUUCCUUCUGGAUGGUUCCGAUGGCACAAGGAAUGGCUUCCCUGCCAUGCGUGAUUUUGUUGAGAGAGUGGUGGAGAAACUCAAUGUGGGACAAAACAAAGACCGUGUCUCUGUGGUCCAGUACAGCAGAGAUGCAGAGGUCCAUUUCUAUCUGAACACGUACACCACCAGAGAGGAUAUUGUGGAUUCGGUCAGAGGGCUGAAACACAAAGGAGGCAGACCCCUCAACACCGGGGCAGCCCUCCAGUACGUCAGGGACAACGUCUUUACAAACUCCUCCGGGAGUAGGCGCCUGCAAGGUGUUCCACAGAUGUUGAUCCUGCUAAAUGGUGGAAGUUCUUUUGACAAUGUAGAUGCCCCAGCCUCUGCUCUCAAACAGCAGGGCAUCUUUGCCAUUGGCAUUGGAACAAGGAACUCUGACAGUAGAGAGCUGCAGAAGAUAUCAUAUGACCCUAGUUACGCUCUAUCAGUGUCUGACUUCACUGACCUCCCCAGUGUCCAAGAACAGCUCUCCUCUGUAAUGAGCACAGUGCUAGUGAGGGCCACGCCCAUGACACCAACAGUAACUGUGGACAGAAAGGCACCAGGAAGGGAUGUUGUGUUCUUGUUGGAUGGAUCUGAUAGUACUAGAACUGGAUUCCCAGCUAUGCGAGACUUUGUCCAAAGAGUAGUAGAGACACUCAGUGUGGAUGACAACAAGGACCGUGUCUCAGUGGUUCAGUACAGCAGAGAUCCAGCUGUCCAGUUCUAUCUGAACACGUACAGCACAAAGGGCGAGGUCCUUGACACUGUUAAAGGUUUGAGGCACAAAGGCGGAAGACCCCUCAACACUGGAGCAGCUCUCCAGUUCGUGAGGGAUAAUGUCUUCACGGCCUCUGCCGGAAGCAGGCGCCUGGAAGGAGUCCCACAGGUGCUGAUAUUGUUAAGUGGUGGAAGGUCUUUUGACAGUGUUGAUGAACCAGCUUCUGCUCUCAAACAGCUGGGAGUCUUGACCUUUGCAAUCGGAACCAGGAGCUCUGAUAGCAAAGAACUGCAGAAGAUAUCCUACGACCCCAGUUAUGCUCUAUCUGUGUCUGAAUUCACUGACCUUCCCAGUGUCCAACAACAACUUCAGUCUUCCGUGGAAGCUGUGGUUGUUGACGUCACCCCAGAGUCACCAACUGUACCUGUUGACACUGCCAAAAAGGAUAUCGUAUUCCUUCUGGAUGGUUCCGAUGGCACAAGGAAUGGCUUCCCUGCCAUGCGUGAUUUUGUUGAGAGAGUGGUGGAGAAACUCAAUGUGGGACAAAACAAAGACCGUGUCUCUGUGGUCCAGUACAGCAGAGAUGCAGAGGUCCAUUUCUAUCUGAACACGUACACCACCAGAGAGGAUAUUGUGGAUUCGGUCAGAGGGCUGAAACACAAAGGAGGCAGACCCCUCAACACCGGGGCAGCCCUCCAGUACGUCAGGGACAACGUCUUUACAAACUCCUCCGGGAGUAGGCGCCUGCAAGGUGUUCCACAGAUGUUGAUCCUGCUAAAUGGUGGAAGUUCUUUUGACAAUGUAGAUGCCCCAGCCUCUGCUCUCAAACAGCAGGGCAUCUUUGCCAUUGGCAUUGGAACAAGGAACUCUGACAGUAGAGAGCUGCAGAAGAUAUCAUAUGACCCUAGUUACGCUCUAUCAGUGUCUGACUUCACUGACCUCCCCAGUGUCCAAGAACAGCUCUCCUCUGUAAUGAGCACAGUGCUAGUGAGGGCCACGCCCAUGACACCAACAGUAACUGUGGACAGAAAGGCACCAGGAAGGGAUGUUGUGUUCUUGUUGGAUGGAUCUGAUAGUACUAGAACUGGAUUCCCAGCUAUGCGAGACUUUGUCCAAAGAGUAGUAGAGACACUCAGUGUGGAUGACAACAAGGACCGUGUCUCAGUGGUUCAGUACAGCAGAGAUCCAGCUGUCCAGUUCUAUCUGAACACGUACAGCACAAAGGGCGAGGUCCUUGACACUGUUAAAGGUUUGAGGCACAAAGGCGGAAGACCCCUAAACACUGGAGCAGCUCUCCAGUUCGUGAGGGAUAAUGUCUUCACGGCCUCUGCCGGAAGCAGGCGCCUGGAAGGAGUCCCACAGGUGCUGAUAUUGUUAAGUGGUGGAAGGUCAUUUGACAGUGUUGAUGAACCAGCUUCUGCUCUCAAACAGCUGGGAGUCUUGACCUUUGCAAUCGGAACCAGGAGCUCUGAUAGCAAAGAACUGCAGAAGAUAUCCUACGACCCCAGUUAUGCUCUAUCUGUGUCUGAAUUCACUGACCUUCCCAGUGUCCAACAACAACUUCAGUCUUCCGUGGAAGCUGUGGUUGUUGACGUCACCCCAGAGUCACCAACUGUACCUGUUGACACUGCCAAAAAGGAUAUCGUAUUCCUUCUGGAUGGUUCCGAUGGCACAAGGAAUGGCUUCCCUGCCAUGCGUGAUUUUGUUGAGAGAGUGGUGGAGAAACUCAAUGUGGGACAAAACAAAGACCGUGUCUCUGUGGUCCAGUACAGCAGAGAUGCAGAGGUCCAUUUCUAUCUGAACACGUACACCACCAGAGAGGAUAUUGUGGAUUCGGUCAGAGGGCUGAAACACAAUGGAGGCAGACCCCUCAACACCGGGGCAGCCCUCCAGUACGUCAGGGACAACGUCUUUACAAACUCCUCCGGGAGUAGGCGCCUGCAAGGUGUUCCACAGAUGUUGAUCCUGCUAAAUGGUGGAAGUUCUUUUGACAAUGUAGAUGCCCCAGCCUCUGCUCUCAAACAGCAGGGCAUCUUUGCCAUUGGCAUUGGAACAAGGAACUCUGACAGUAGAGAGCUGCAGAAGAUAUCAUAUGACCCUAGUUACGCUCUAUCAGUGUCUGACUUCACUGACCUCCCCAGUGUCCAAGAACAGCUCUCCUCUGUAAUGAGCACAGUGCUAGUGAGGGCCACGCCCAUGACACCAACAGUAACUGUGGACAGAAAGGCACCAGGAAGGGAUGUUGUGUUCUUGUUGGAUGGAUCUGAUAGUACUAGAACUGGAUUCCCAGCUAUGCGAGACUUUGUCCAAAGAGUAGUAGAGACACUCAGUGUGGAUGACAACAAGGACCGUGUCUCAGUGGUUCAGUACAGCAGAGAUCCAGCUGUCCAGUUCUAUCUGAACACGUACAGCACAAAGGGCGAGGUCCUUGACACUGUUAAAGGUUUGAGGCACAAAGGCGGAAGACCCCUAAACACUGGAGCAGCUCUCCAGUUCGUGAGGGAUAAUGUCUUCACGGCCUCUGCCGGAAGCAGGCGCCUGGAAGGAGUCCCACAGGUGCUGAUAUUGUUAAGUGGUGGAAGGUCAUUUGACAGUGUUGAUGAACCAGCUUCUGCUCUCAAACAGCUGGGAGUCUUGACCUUUGCAAUCGGAACCAGGAGCUCUGAUAGCAAAGAACUGCAGAAGAUAUCCUACGACCCCAGUUAUGCUCUAUCUGUGUCUGAAUUCACUGACCUUCCCAGUGUCCAACAACAACUUCAGUCUUCCGUGGAAGCUGUGGUUGUUGACGUCACCCCAGAGUCACCAACUGUACCUGUUGACACUGCCAAAAAGGAUAUCGUAUUCCUUCUGGAUGGUUCCGAUGGCACAAGGAAUGGCUUCCCUGCCAUGCGUGAUUUUGUUGAGAGAGUGGUGGAGAAACUCAAUGUGGGACAAAACAAAGACCGUGUCUCUGUGGUCCAGUACAGCAGAGAUGCAGAGGUCCAUUUCUAUCUGAACACGUACACCACCAGAGAGGAUAUUGUGGAUUCGGUCAGAGGGCUGAAACACAAUGGAGGCAGACCCCUCAACACCGGGGCAGCCCUCCAGUACGUCAGGGACAACGUCUUUACAAACUCCUCCGGGAGUAGGCGCCUGCAAGGUGUUCCACAGAUGUUGAUCCUGCUAAAUGGUGGAAGUUCUUUUGACAAUGUAGAUGCCCCAGCCUCUGCUCUCAAACAGCAGGGCAUCUUUGCCAUUGGCAUUGGAACAAGGAACUCUGACAGUAGAGAGCUGCAGAAGAUAUCAUAUGACCCUAGUUACGCUCUAUCAGUGUCUGACUUCACUGACCUCCCCAGUGUCCAAGAACAGCUCUCCUCUGUAAUGAGCACAGUGCUAGUGAGGGCCACGCCCAUGACACCAACAGUAACUGUGGACAGAAAGGCACCAGGAAGGGAUGUUGUGUUCUUGUUGGAUGGAUCUGAUAGUACUAGAACUGGAUUCCCAGCUAUGCGAGACUUUGUCCAAAGAGUAGUAGAGACACUCAGUGUGGAUGACAACAAGGACCGUGUCUCAGUGGUUCAGUACAGCAGAGAUCCAGCUGUCCAGUUCUAUCUGAACACGUACAGCACAAAGGGCGAGGUCCUUGACACUGUUAAAGGUUUGAGGCACAAAGGCGGAAGACCCCUCAACACUGGAGCAGCUCUCCAGUUCGUGAGGGAUAAUGUCUUCACGGCCUCUGCCGGAAGCAGGCGCCUGGAAGGAGUCCCACAGGUGCUGAUAUUGUUAAGUGGUGGAAGGUCUUUUGACAGUGUUGAUGAACCAGCUUCUGCUCUCAAACAGCUGGGAGUCUUGACCUUUGCAAUCGGAACCAGGAGCUCUGAUAGCAAAGAACUGCAGAAGAUAUCCUACGACCCCAGUUAUGCUCUAUCUGUGUCUGAAUUCACUGACCUUCCCAGUGUCCAACAACAACUUCAGUCUUCCGUGGAAGCUGUGGUUGUUGACGUCACCCCAGAGUCACCAACUGUACCUGUUGACACUGCCAAAAAGGAUAUCGUAUUCCUUCUGGAUGGUUCCGAUGGCACAAGGAAUGGCUUCCCUGCCAUGCGUGAUUUUGUUGAGAGAGUGGUGGAGAAACUCAAUGUGGGACAAAACAAAGACCGUGUCUCUGUGGUCCAGUACAGCAGAGAUGCAGAGGUCCAUUUCUAUCUGAACACGUACACCACCAGAGAGGAUAUUGUGGAUUCGGUCAGAGGGCUGAAACACAAAGGAGGCAGACCCCUCAACACCGGGGCAGCCCUCCAGUACGUCAGGGACAACGUCUUUACAAACUCCUCCGGGAGUAGGCGCCUGCAAGGUGUUCCACAGAUGUUGAUCCUGCUAAAUGGUGGAAGUUCUUUUGACAAUGUAGAUGCCCCAGCCUCUGCUCUCAAACAGCAGGGCAUCUUUGCCAUUGGCAUUGGAACAAGGAACUCUGACAGUAGAGAGCUGCAGAAGAUAUCAUAUGACCCUAGUUACGCUCUAUCAGUGUCUGACUUCACUGACCUCCCCAGUGUCCAAGAACAGCUCUCCUCUGUAAUGAGCACAGUGCUAGUGAGGGCCACGCCCAUGACACCAACAGUAACUGUGGACAGAAAGGCACCAGGAAGGGAUGUUGUGUUCUUGUUGGAUGGAUCUGAUAGUACUAGAACUGGAUUCCCAGCUAUGCGAGACUUUGUCCAAAGAGUAGUAGAGACACUCAGUGUGGAUGACAACAAGGACCGUGUCUCAGUGGUUCAGUACAGCAGAGAUCCAGCUGUCCAGUUCUAUCUGAACACGUACAGCACAAAGGGCGAGGUCCUUGACACUGUUAAAGGUUUGAGGCACAAAGGCGGAAGACCCCUCAACACUGGAGCAGCUCUCCAGUUCGUGAGGGAUAAUGUCUUCACGGCCUCUGCCGGAAGCAGGCGCCUGGAAGGAGUCCCACAGGUGCUGAUAUUGUUAAGUGGUGGAAGGUCUUUUGACAGUGUUGAUGAACCAGCUUCUGCUCUCAAACAGCUGGGAGUCUUGACCUUUGCAAUCGGAACCAGGAGCUCUGAUAGCAAAGAACUGCAGAAGAUAUCCCACGACCCCAGUUAUGCUCUAUCUGUGUCUGAAUUCACUGACCUUCCCAGUGUCCAACAACAACUUCAGUCUUCCGUGGAAGCUGUGGUUGUUGACGUCACCCCAGAGUCACCAACUGUACCUGUUGACACUGCCAAAAAGGAUAUCGUAUUCCUUCUGGAUGGUUCCGAUGGCACAAGGAAUGGCUUCCCUGCCAUGCGUGAUUUUGUUGAGAGAGUGGUGGAGAAACUCAAUGUGGGACAAAACAAAGACCGUGUCUCUGUGGUCCAGUACAGCAGAGAUGCAGAGGUCCAUUUCUAUCUGAACACGUACACCACCAGAGAGGAUAUUGUGGAUUCGGUCAGAGGGCUGAAACACAAAGGAGGCAGACCCCUCAACACCGGGGCAGCCCUCCAGUACGUCAGGGACAACGUCUUUACAAACUCCUCCGGGAGUAGGCGCCUGCAAGGUGUUCCACAGAUGUUGAUCCUGCUAAAUGGUGGAAGUUCUUUUGACAAUGUAGAUGCCCCAGCCUCUGCUCUCAAACAGCAGGGCAUCUUUGCCAUUGGCAUUGGAACAAGGAACUCUGACAGUAGAGAGCUGCAGAAGAUAUCAUAUGACCCUAGUUACGCUCUAUCAGUGUCUGACUUCACUGACCUCCCCAGUGUCCAAGAACAGCUCUCCUCUGUAAUGAGCACAGUGCUAGUGAGGGCCACGCCCAUGACACCAACAGUAACUGUGGACAGAAAGGCACCAGGAAGGGAUGUUGUGUUCUUGUUGGAUGGAUCUGAUAGUACUAGAACUGGAUUCCCAGCUAUGCGAGACUUUGUCCAAAGAGUAGUAGAGACACUCAGUGUGGAUGACAACAAGGACCGUGUCUCAGUGGUUCAGUACAGCAGAGAUCCAGCUGUCCAGUUCUAUCUGAACACGUACAGCACAAAGGGCGAGGUCCUUGACACUGUUAAAGGUUUGAGGCACAAAGGCGGAAGACCCCUCAACACUGGAGCAGCUCUCCAGUUCGUGAGGGAUAAUGUCUUCACGGCCUCUGCCGGAAGCAGGCGCCUGGAAGGAGUCCCACAGGUGCUGAUAUUGUUAAGUGGUGGAAGGUCUUUUGACAGUGUUGAUGAACCAGCUUCUGCUCUCAAACAGCUGGGAGUCUUGACCUUUGCAAUCGGAACCAGGAGCUCUGAUAGCAAAGAACUGCAGAAGAUAUCCCACGACCCCAGUUAUGCUCUAUCUGUGUCUGAAUUCACUGACCUUCCCAGUGUCCAACAACAACUUCAGUCUUCCGUGGAAGCUGUGGUUGUUGACGUCACCCCAGAGUCACCAACUGUACCUGUUGACACUGCCAAAAAGGAUAUCGUAUUCCUUCUGGAUGGUUCCGAUGGCACAAGGAAUGGCUUCCCUGCCAUGCGUGAUUUUGUUGAGAGAGUGGUGGAGAAACUCAAUGUGGGACAAAACAAAGACCGUGUCUCUGUGGUCCAGUACAGCAGAGAUGCAGAGGUCCAUUUCUAUCUGAACACGUACACCACCAGAGAGGAUAUUGUGGAUUCGGUCAGAGGGCUCAAACACAAAGGAGGCAGACCCCUCAACACCGGGGCAGCCCUCCAGUACGUCAGGGACAACGUCUUUACAAACUCCUCCGGGAGUAGGCGCCUGCAAGGUGUUCCACAGAUGUUGAUCCUGCUAAAUGGUGGAAGUUCUUUUGACAAUGUAGAUGCCCCAGCCUCUGCUCUCAAACAGCAGGGCAUCUUUGCCAUUGGCAUUGGAACAAGGAACUCUGACAGUAGAGAGCUGCAGAAGAUAUCAUAUGACCCUAGUUACGCUCUAUCAGUGUCUGACUUCACUGACCUCCCCAGUGUCCAAGAACAGCUCUCCUCUGUAAUGAGCACAGUGCUAGUGAGGGCCACGCCCAUGACACCAACAGUAACUGUGGACAGAAAGGCACCAGGAAGGGAUGUUGUGUUCUUGUUGGAUGGAUCUGAUAGUACUAGAACUGGAUUCCCAGCUAUGCGAGACUUUGUCCAAAGAGUAGUAGAGACACUCAGUGUGGAUGACAACAAGGACCGUGUCUCAGUGGUUCAGUACAGCAGAGAUCCAGCUGUCCAGUUCUAUCUGAACACGUACAGCACAAAGGGCGAGGUCCUUGACACUGUUAAAGGUUUGAGGCACAAAGGCGGAAGACCCCUCAACACUGGAGCAGCUCUCCAGUUCGUGAGGGAUAAUGUCUUCACGGCCUCUGCCGGAAGCAGGCGCCUGGAAGGAGUCCCACAGGUGCUGAUAUUGUUAAGUGGUGGAAGGUCUUUUGACAGUGUUGAUGAACCAGCUUCUGCUCUCAAACAGCUGGGAGUCUUGACCUUUGCAAUCGGAACCAGGAGCUCUGAUAGCAAAGAACUGCAGAAGAUAUCCCACGACCCCAGUUAUGCUCUAUCUGUGUCUGAAUUCACUGACCUUCCCAGUGUCCAACAACAACUUCAGUCUUCCGUGGAAGCUGUGGUUGUUGACGUCACCCCAGAGUCACCAACUGUACCUGUUGACACUGCCAAAAAGGAUAUCGUAUUCCUUCUGGAUGGUUCCGAUGGCACAAGGAAUGGCUUCCCUGCCAUGCGUGAUUUUGUUGAGAGAGUGGUGGAGAAACUCAAUGUGGGACAAAACAAAGACCGUGUCUCUGUGGUCCAGUACAGCAGAGAUGCAGAGGUCCAUUUCUAUCUGAACACGUACACCACCAGAGAGGAUAUUGUGGAUUCAGUCAGAGGGCUCAAACACAAAGGAGGCAGACCCCUCAACACCGGGGCAGCCCUCCAGUACGUCAGGGACAACGUCUUUACAAACUCCUCCGGGAGUAGGCGCCUGCAAGGUGUUCCACAGAUGUUGAUCCUGCUAAAUGGUGGAAGUUCUUUUGACAAUGUAGAUGCCCCAGCCUCUGCUCUCAAACAGCAGGGUAUUUUUGUCAUUGGCAUUGGAACAAGGAACUCUGAUAUUAGAGAGUUGCAGAAGAUAUCGUAUGAUCCUAGUUAUGCUCUUUUAGUGCCUGAGUUCACUGACCUGCAAAGUGUCCAAGAACGGCUCUCUUCUGUAAUGAGCACAGUGUUAGUGAGGGCUACGCGCAUGACACCAACAGUAACUGUGUACAGAAAGCCCCCCGGAAGGGAUGUUGUGUUCUUGUUGGAUGGAUCUGAUGAUACUAGAACUGGAUUCCCAGCUAUGCGAGACUUUGUCCAAAGAGUAGUAGAGACACUCAGUGUGGAUGACAACAAGGAUCGUGUCUCAGUGGUUCAGUACAGCAGAGAUCCAACUGUCCAGUUCUACUUGAACACGUACAGCACAAAGGGCGAGGUCCUUGAUACUGUCAGAGGCUUGAGGCACAAAGGCGGAAGACCCCUCAACACUGGUGCAGCUCUCCAGUAUUUAAGGGAUAAUGUCUUCACGGCCUCUGCCGGAAGUCGGCGCCUGGAAGGAGUUCCACAGGUCCUAAUAUUGUUAAGUGGUGGAAAGUCUUUUGACAGUGUUGAUGAACCAGCUUCUGCUCUCAAACAGAUGGGAGUCUUGACCUUUGCAAUUGGAAGCAGGAGCUUUGAUAGCCAAGAAUUGCAGAUGAUAUCCUACGAUCCUAGUUAUGCUCUAUCUGUGUCGGAAUUCACCGACCUUUCCAGCGUCCAACAACAACUUCAGUCUUCCGUGGAGGCUGUGGUUGUUGACAUCACCCCAGAAUCACCAACUUUACCUGUGGACACUGCCAAAAAGGAUAUUGUGUUUCUUUUGGAUGGUUCUGAUGGCACAAGGAAUGGCUUCCCUGCCAUGCGUGAUUUUGUUGAGAGAGUGGUGGAGAAACUCAAUGUUGGACAAAACAAGGACCGUGUGUCUGUGGUCCAGUACAGCAGAGAUGCAGAGGUCCAUUUCUAUCUGAACACGUACACCACAAGAGAAGAUAUUGUGGAUUUGGUCAGAGGGCUGAGACACAGAGGAGGCAGACCCCUCAACACCGGGGCAGCCCUCCAGUACGUCAGAGACAACGUCUUUACAAACUCCUCCGGGAGUAGGCGCCUGCAAGGUGUUCCACAGAUUUUGAUCCUGCUAAAUGGUGGAAGUUCUUUUGACAAUGUCGAUGCCCCAGCCUCUGCUCUCAAACAGCAGAGCAUCUUUGCCAUUGGUAUUGGAACAAGGAACUCUGACAGUAGAGAGCUGCAGAAGAUAUCAUAUGACCCUAGUUACACUCUAUCAGUGUCUGACUUCACUGACCUCCCCAGUGUCCAAGAACAGCUCUCCUCUGUAAUGAGCACAGUGCUAGUGACAGCCACGCCCAUGACACCAACAGUAACUGUGGACAGAAAGGCACCAGGAAGGGAUGUUGUGUUCUUGUUGGAUGGAUCUGAUGGUACUAGAACUGGAUUCCCAGCUAUGCGAGACUUUGUCCAAAGAGUAGUAGAGACACUCAGUGUGGAUGACAAUAUGGACCGUGUCUCAGUGGUUCAGUACAGCAGAGAUCCAGCUAUCCAAUUCUAUCUGAACACGUACACCACAAAGGGCGAGGUUCUUGACUCUGUCAGAGGCUUGAGGCACAAAGGUGGAAGACCCCUCCACACUGGAGCAGCUCUGCAGUAUUUGAUAGAUAAUGUCUUCACGGCCCCUGCCGGAAGCAGGCGACUGGAAGGAGUCCUACAGGUCCUAAUAUUGUUAAGUGGUGGAAGGUCAUUUGACAGUGUUGAUGCACCAGCUUCUGCUCUCAAACAGCUGGGAGUCAUGACCUUUGCAAUCGGAACCAGGAGAUCUGAUACUGAAGAACUAGAGAAAAUAUCCUAUGACCCCAGUUAUGCUCUAUCUGUGUCCGAAUUCACUGACCUUCCCAGUGUCCAACAGCAACUUCAGUCCUCCUUGGAGGUUGUCGUUGUUGACUUCAAGAAAACUGUCUCAGAGUUGACCCCAGAAUCACCAACUGUACUUGCUGAGUUGCAAGGUCCUCGGAAAGAUGUCGUCUUCCUUGUCGAUGGAUCUGAUGGUGUUGGACUGGAAUUUCCUAUCAUCCAGGAGUUCAUCCGCAGGGUUGUGGAGAGUCUCAAUGUGGGCGAGAGUAAGAUCCGGAUUGGCGUUGUCCAGUAUGGUGACUAUGCACAGGUUGACAUGUAUCUGAACACACAUACAACCAAACAAGGUGUUUUGAAUGCCAUCAAGGGAAUGAGGCAGCGAGGUGGAAGACAACGAAACCUGGGUCAGGCCUUGGAGUUUGUCGGUCGGGAUGUUCUAACAGCAGCACGAGGUAGCAGGAAGGAAGAGGGUAUACCACAGUUUUUAAUCGUCGUCUCCAGUGGGUCUUCAACAGAUGACACUAGUCGUGCAGCAUCUUCCCUCAAACAAUCUAGAGUUCUUCCCUUCAGCAUUGGGACCAGGGAUAUUAACCCUAGAGAGCUCCAGGUGGUGUCAUACGUGCCUAACUUUGCCUACACAAUAGAUGACCUCCCUGGCCUGUACACAGUCCAAGAAAACUUAAUCACCACUCUCACUGAGUUGUCAGAUGAUGACAUUGCCAGGAUGCGUCCAGAAUUUCAAGUCUAUGAUGUAAUCACACCUGCAAGAGGAGAAAAGAGGGAUGUCGUAUUUCUGAUUGACGGCUCGACAGCAACGCGUAGUGAGUUCUCUUCCAUCCGUGAAAUGAUAAGAAGAGUUGUGGAGAAGCUGGAUGUAGGACUGGAUAAUGUCCGAGUUUCAGUGGUACAGUACAGUGAUGACGCAAAAGUAGAAUUUCUUCUGAAUGAAUACUCCACCAAAGAUGAGGUACGCCAGGCUGUGACGAAACUUCGAAGCAAAGGUGGAAACCGUCUAAACACAGGUCAUGCUCUUGAAUGGGUCUCCAGAAACAUUUACCAGAGGUCAGCAGGAAGCCGCAUUGAAGAUGGUGUGCCUCAGUUCCUUAUUCUAGUUACAGGUGGCAAGUCUACAGAUGAUGUAUCCACUCCAGCUGACCAACUUAAGAGAAACCACAUUGCACCUCUUGCUAUUGGCUCAAGGAAUGCAGAUACUGAUGAACUGAAACAGAUUUCCCUGAGGCCCGAACUUGUAUAUACAGUUGACAGUUUCCAGCAGCUUCCAAGAGUGGAGCAGCAACUCAUUGAUUCAGUCAAAAAAAUAUCCACGGCUGAUAUCAUCAGUAGCUAUGUCCCUUCCCCUGUGGACACAGUUAACUUAAAUCUCGGGAGAAAGGACAUUAUUUUCCUUAUUGAUGGCUCAGACAAUACAGGUGCUGCUGGUAUUGCUCAUAUCCGUGACUUCAUCCUCAACACUGUCCAACAACUUGAUGUGCAGCCUGAUCAAGUGCGUGUGGCUGUUGUCCAGUACUCAGACAAAGUUAAAACAGAGUUCUCUCUCAACUCACACAACAACAAGCCAGCUGUUAUCUCUGCUAUCAAGAGACUUCGUCAAAUGGGUGGUCGGUCAUCAGAUCUGGCCGAUGCCAUUGAGUAUGUCAUACAGAAUGAGUUAAAACCCGCUUCUGGUGUUCGUUUGGCUGAGGCCUCCCAGCAUCUUGUGGUUCUCACAGGUGGACGUUCCCCUCAAGAUGUUUCUAUCUAUGGACCUCUGCUGAAGGGCUCCAGGGUCAACUGCAUUGGUAUUGGAGCUAGUGGUGCUGAUGCAAGGCAACUAGCCCAAAUUUCCACUACAUCAGAGGAUGUCCUUCAGGUUCCUUCAUUCCCUGGCCUGCCACAGAUCAAAGAAAGGUUUAUUGCCAGGUUGAGUGGGACCAUCCCUGAGGAACCACCCACAAUCUAUGAUGCUACAACACCAGACCUGCCUCCAUCUAAAAAGGCUGAUAUAGUGUUUUUGGUGGAUGGCUCUAUUAACUUGGGCAAGGACCACUUCAAUGAAGUGAUGUCGUUUAUCAUCAACCUAAUUGAUCUGUUCUUCACUGAGAGAGACAACCUGAGGAUUGGCCUGGCACAUUAUGCCAUAGACGUAACUGAUGCCUUCUACCUCAACACCUACAAAAACAGGCAAGACAUUGUUAGUGCUAUUGGACGAGUGGAGUACAAAGGUGGACGAAGAAUUAACACUGGUGCAGCCAUUCGCCACAUUCAAAAUGUUCACUUCACCAAAGAAAAGGGCAGUAGGAAGGAUGAAGGUACUCCUCAGAUCCUAAUGGUUAUCACUGGAGGACGCUCAGCUGAUGAUAGCAAAACAGCAGCCCUUGGUCUGAAGAAAACUGGUGUGAGAAUAUUUGCUGUAGGAGUGGGUGACAUUGAGAAUGAGUUAGAAAACCUAGCAAGCGAGUCCUCCACUGUGGCUCGAGCAAGCACCUUUACUGAGCUUUCAGAGCUCAAUGAGCAAAUCCUGGAAACUUUGGAUGAUGAAGUGAAGGGGAAGCUGUGUGUUGGUGUGCCAGAACCUGCUAAAACCUGCAGUGUAGAAGUGUUGGUGGGCUUUGAUGUUGACGCCCAGAAUAUCUUCAGUGCUCAAACCAACCUCCAGAGCAAGAUGGGUGCCAUUCUGCAGAGGAUUUCCAAGAUGGUACCUAUCAGUUGCUCAUCAGGGCAGAUUCCCUCUGUGCAAGUGGGCAUGCUGGCCAUGGACUCUGCCUCUGAGCCUGUCCUCCUGGAAUUCACAGACAACGCUGAUGAGCUGUUUGAAGACUUCAGAGCCCUACGCAAUCGUGGCCCCUUUGUCCUCAAUGGCAGGACCAUCUCAGCUUACACAAAUAGGUUCAAAACCAGACAGAAUGAUGCUGUGAAGGUUGUCAUUCAUCUGACUGAUGGUCUUGAUGCCCCAUUGUCUGAAAUGAAAAGACGAGUUGAUGAACUUCAGCUGUCAGGAGUGAAGAGUUUAAUCCUUGUCGGGCUGGAGCGGGUGCCUAAGUUUGAGGAAGCUUCGUUCCUGGAAUUUGGGAGAGGUUUCAGGUACACAAGACCCCUACGAGUCAAUAUCAUGGACUUGGACUAUGAGCUAGCAGAAGAACUGGACAAUAUUGCAGAGAGGGAGUGCUGUGCAGUGCCAUGCAAAUGUACCGGCACCAGGGGACCCCGAGGGGGAGUUGGACCUCCAGGGCCUAAGGGUAGUUCAGGAUUACCAGGAAGCCAAGGACAUCCUGGAGAUGAGGGUGGACCUGGAGAGAGAGGUCCUCCUGGUGUAAAUGGAACUCAGGGUUUCCAGGGAUGUCCUGGGCAGAGGGGUGUCAAGGGUUCUCGUGGCUACUCAGGAGAAAAGGGUGAAUUUGGAGAAAUUGGCCUUGAUGGCAUCAACGGAGAAGAGGGCAAAAGUGGAGUGGGUGGACCCCCAGGAGACCGAGGAAACUCUGGCAGAAGAGGUCCUAAAGGUGCCAAAGGACAAUCAGGAGACAUAGGGGAAAUGGGAAUCAGAGGAGACCCUGGUACAAGUGGACAGGAUAACAACCGCGCAGGACCUAAAGGAGACCCUGGUGAUGCUGGACCAGCGGGAGACCCUGGUCAGGAUGGAAAGAGGGGAACACCUGGAGAAGCUGGAAGACGGGGUCCCGAUGGCAGAAGAGGCCCGCCUGGACAAGCUGGAAAUCCCGGAAAUCCAGGAGCUGAUGGUGUUCAGGGAGAGCCUGGUAUUGGAGGAUCUAGAGGUCCAGCUGGACCAAAUGGUGCACCGGGACCCAGAGGAGAAGAUGGGAACCCAGGACCCAGGGGUCCCGGAGGUAUCCCAGGUCCUGCUGGAGAUAAGGGCAGAAGAGGACCUCUUGGUCGCAAGGGAGAGCCAGGAGAGCCCGGACCUAAAGGUGUUAUAGGACCCCUUGGCCCCCGUGGAGAGUCUGGUGAAGAUGGCAGAGAUGGGUUUGGUGUCGCAGGGCCCAAAGGAAGAAAGGGUGAUGACGGUUUCCCAGGAUUCCCAGGACCAAAGGGAGCAGCUGGUGAAGCCGGCACCAAGGGCGGACCUGGACCCAGAGGAAAUCGUGGACAGAGGGGUGUCUCUGGGGAUAUUGGUCCACCCGGACAGAAAGGAGAGGUUGGAUAUCCUGGGGCAUAUGGUCAGAAAGGACCGAGAGGACAAGGUGUUGUGCAAUGUGACCUGGUCAAGAAGAUCAGAGAAAACUGUCCUUGCUGUUACGGUCAGCAGGAAUGUCCGCUCUACCCCACUGAGUUGGCCUUUGCCCUGGAUGCCUCUCAGGGCAUUGGCCGUCCUAUAUUCAACAACAUGCGUGACACAGUCCUGAGUCUUGUCGAAAACAUCACCAUCACUGAGAGCAACUGUCCAAGAGGAGCACGCGUUGCUUUGACCCUGUACAACAACGAAGUGACCACUGAGAUCCGGUUCGCUGAUAGGCUGAAGAAACGUGAACUGGUACAGCGCAUUGAGGGAUUGCAGCCCCUGCAGACACGCAAGGAACGCAGCAUGCACACGGCCAUGAAGUUUGUGGCCCAUAACACCUUCAAACGGGUGCGCAGUGGCUUCCUCACGAGGAAGGUGGCCAUCUUCUUUGUCGGUAGCCAGGUCAAGGACACACAAGAAAUUACGAAUGCAGCUCUCCGCCUCCAUGAUUCUGGAAUUGCCACUCUGUUCUUAGUCAGCCGUGAAGACAGACAACUUAGCAGAGCAUUGCAGGUCAACAACACUGCUCUGGCCCAGGUAAUUGUACUUCCCAGCGCUGGAAGUGCACAGUACAAUUCAGUCCUCCAAAAGGUUAUGAACUGCCAUGUCUGCCUAGACGUCUGCUCUCCAGACCAGAUUUGUGACUAUGUGCCCCCAUCGGCCAGCCGAGAUAAGCGAUCUUUCACCACGGACGUGGAUAUCGACAUGGCUUUUGUCAUGGACAGCUCUGAGUCUACAUACCCAGCCGUCUUCACUGAGAUUAAACGCUACAUAGCGCACAUGGUGGAGCACCUACAAGUGUCUUCAAAUCCCAAAUCAUCUGUUCAUCAUGCUAGAGUGUCAGUGAUCCAGCAAGCACCUUAUGAGUUCCUUUACAACCAAUCUGGCUCUCCCAUCCAUGUGGAUAUUGGCUUGACCGAUCACCAUUCCUCUCAGAAUAUUGUCAAAUUUCUGCUGGAGAAGACACCGCAGCUAGAAGGUGGCCGAUCACUGGUAGCGGCUAUUCAAUCGACAGUGGAACAGGUGUUUGAGAAGGCGCCUCUCCAACGUAACCGGAAAGUACUCGUGCUCUUUGUGACAGGAAGUGUGGAAGAGGAAGGGCAGCAGCUGGUGCGUAUUGCUACUGAGAUCAAGUGCAGAGGCUACUUCCUGGUCAUCAUGGGUGUGAGUGAAACACUGAGUGCUGGAGAUGUCCGUGUCUUGUCAAGCAUGGCCAGUGAGCCUUCAGAUGUCUUCUUCAAGAGGCUGGACAGCCUCUCACACUUUUAUGAUAAACACAUUCAGACCUUUGGCCAGCUUCUGCCAAAAUACAUCAGCAUCGAAAAUGCUUUCUACAUGUCCCCUGAAGUCUCCAAAAACUGCACGUGGUUCCAGAGUGACCAGCCACUAAAAAACCCUUUUACAUCGACCCACCAACAGGAGAAACAUCAGAAACAUCAGAAACAUCAUGAGAAUCACCAAGCAGUUCAUCCAGUAAAGCACAAAGACGCAGAUGAGCUACACGUCUCUAACAUCACUUCCAGCAGCAUUAAAUUACGUUGGACCAGCCCAGACCCCAAGCUCUUUGUCUACUUUGAGGUGGUGGUGACACGGCUGAAUGACCAUACCCUGGCACUGAAGACCAACGUGUCAGGCACAGAGCUUACUGUGGACAACUUAGAGAGUGCUCAGUCAUAUCACGCUGUGGUCACAGCUCACACUGCAGAUGGUCACAUUGUCUCCACCCGCAAAGGCAUCGUCACUACCAAAGCAGCAGAGCAUAAACCAGCCAGCCAAGGUACCAGUACUGUAAAUACCACACCACUGGACAGACCAGAGACUGACCCAUGCUCAUUUGACUAUGACGCUGGAAUGCCAUGCAAAGACUAUCAGGCUAAGUGGUUCUUUGACAGAAGGUACAGCGUCUGUAGCCAGUUCUGGUAUGGAGGUUGUGGAGGCAAUGACAAUAGGUUCGACACUGAGGCCCUCUGCUUGAAACGCUGCAUGAGGUCAGUGCCAGAGUCAAAGCCUCAGCCCAAAGUGCAACAGGUUGAGCAGGUGGAGAUCCUCCCGGCUCCUGCGGCCUCUACAGCUGUGGACAUUUGCCAGCUUCCCAAAGAGGAAGGUACUUGUGCCAAAUUUGUCCUCAAGUGGCACUAUGAUGCCCCCAGCAAGAGCUGCACACGCUUCUGGUACGGAGGCUGUGGUGGAAACCAGAAUCGCUUUGACUCACAUGAGCAGUGUGAAAAGGCUUGUGGAAAACGAGCACCCGUCAAACAAGGAGUCAUCGCUGCGAUAAGAACAUAGGACAAAAAGUACAAACAUGGCCAGCUUUUACCUCUGUGUAGGGGAUUCUGAGGAGAAACAUCCAACAUGGCCAUACCAUAAGGAUGCAAUACCAAAGCAAUGGUGGAUGCACUGGAUUCCACAAAAAUAGACUUUAUCCCCCAAAUUCUUGAAAUAGUCUUUUUCACAGCAAGAAGGAAGGCAACACGAUUUGCUGCAUGAUUUGUUUUAACCUACUGGUGCUACAUAGUAUGUUUGUUUUAAAAGAUGGAGUUGUUAAGUGCAUUCGGUGUUGUAAUGUCAAGUUUCCUGGAACAUCAUAUGAGUAUUUUUUAAAAUGCAGUUUUAUAAUUAAGCAAGAAACAUAUAUGAAUAUCUUGGACAAAGAUUAGCAAUAAAUCAUUACACGCAGGACUGGCAUUAAUCAAUGCAGUAAUCUCUUUUUUUAUAUGUAUUUUUACAUUCAACAUUCACAUAGCAACAUUGGCUUUCAUAUUUUUUUUCACUUGAUCCCUGUGGAAUCAUUCCUUCACUAUGUCACAGAAUCCAUAGCAAUGUUUACACAAGUCUUGUAUGGCGGUGUGUGUAUUAAAAUGACAGUGACCAGCUGUUAGGAUGCAAAAAAUAUUAAUGUAACAUUAAGUGCACUUCUGGAUCCACUGCCUCAAACACACAAGUUCCAGCUAUUGAAAUAUGGAAUGUACUUGUCAAGCUGUUUUUAUUUUUGGUUUAAAUGAAAUUUGUGUUUCAUCUGGGUAUAGGAGAAAUAAAAGUGAACUAGACUUUCUAAUAAACAUGAGCAACUGA